UUGAAGAGCCUCUAGAGGAAAUGCCCACGGUCAGGCUUGGUGUUUGUCUACUAUGCUUUCACGCCGCUUGUGGCAUUCCAUGCCAGUCAAUGCAUCUCGGCCACUCAUUUACCAAGGUACCAAGCGUGUAAUAGCUUCAAACAACAUAAGCACUACCGACCGCUUCUCGCCAUUGGCACCAGCGUAUGCACAAAACACAAUAAUACAAGCUCCGUUGAUAGCCGCUUAUUCAACGGUUGCUUCAAGCAAGACGCUAACGCUAUCAGAACAGCUCGCGCAAGGAAGCCGCUAUGCAUUGGCUAAAUCCAUCACUCUGGUGGAAUCGUCGCGGAGUGAUCACCGUGCAGAAGCUCAGCAGCUUCUAUCCUACAUCCUUAAGAAACAAAGAGAUCAACCAUUGACAAAGCCAACUUUUCGAAUUGGCCUUUCGGGUUCGCCAGGUGUUGGAAAGUCAACAUUUAUAGAGGCGUUUGGAAUGUACCUUCUGGAGCAAGGACAUAAAGUGGCAGUGCUGGCGGUCGAUCCUUCAUCAUCGCGGACAGGUGGAUCAAUUCUCGGCGACAAAACAAGAAUGACCGAGCUUUCUAGAGCUGACGAUGCUUAUGUUCGUCCUUCCCCAAGUAGAGGCACACUAGGCGGAGUUGCUCGUAAUACCAACGAAGCUAUCUUGUUAUGCGAAGCUGCCGGUUACGACGUUACUCUGGUGGAAACAGUAGGUGUGGGCCAGUCUGAGACCAUGGUUGCUGAGAUGGUGGACAUGUUUGUGCUCUUGGUUGGACCAGGUGGAGGCGACGAACUUCAGGGACUGAAAAAGGGAAUUGUGGAGCUGUCAGACUUGGUCAUUGUCAACAAGGCCGAUGGAAAGCUUGCCGAUGCUGCCAGGGCAGUUUCCAUGGAUUAUACCAGUGCGAUCAAGUUUUUGCAGCCUCCAUCACCACUUUGGAAAACAAAGGUGUUACGAGUGUCAUCUCGCGAAAACACUGGCAUUGACAAGGCUUGGGAAGCAAUGAAAUCCUAUUUUGACACUAUGACGUCUGCCAAUAAAUUGACAGAGAAGCGGGGGGCGCAGCGCAAGGUGUGGAUGUGGCGGCAAAUUACAAGCGAACUGGUAGAUCGUCUGAACUCGGACGACAAAGUCAAACAACAUGUCGCUGAACUAGAGAGUAAAGUGUUUGAUGGCAAAAUGACGAGUGGACAGGCAGCAGAUAGUGUAGUGGAUGUAUUUUUAAACAAGGUCAAAGAAGAUAGAAUAUGAUGGAAGUUAGGAUUUUCAACACAAACCUAAUAUUACCCAAUAACGAAAAAUAUAA